AUGACGCAAAGAUAUUCGGCGAAAAAAAUUCUGGCUGAAUCCGUGUUGAAUCAUGAGAUCGUUCCUCUAAUGAAUCGAGAUGAUUCCGAAGAAACACCCUACUUAUAUUGGUUCAAAAAAUGGAAAGUUAAUAAAGCACUCACUUGUGGCUUCGCAGAUCUUCCUUCAUGGUUGCAGGAUAAUUCCGACAUUCACACGGGCUAUCGAAGACCAACCUUCUCAUAUAUCAAAUGCGUACAGUCUUUGUUUUACCUUCAUAACGAAAGCGUAAACAUUUGGUCCCACUUCGUCGGUGCGGUCAUAUGCAUAUUUUUUUCAAUAAUCACAUAUUUUUAUUUAUUGGCACAUCCAUCUGUUAAGUGGUGGGAUUUCGUUGUCCUAUAUUGCUUCUUGGCUGGUGCCUUUAUGUGCCUUGGUCUUUCCUCGGCAUUUCAUACAUUUUGCAACCAUUCAGAAAAGGUUUGUGCGAACUGGAAUAGAUGUGAUUACGUUGGAAUUGUUGGCAUGGUUAUGGGAUCUUCAAUUCCUAUGAUAUACUAUGGAUUCUAUUGUCACAAUACAUUAAAAAUCAUAUAUUUCAUCAUGGUCUCACUCUUUGGUAUCGCAACGGUUCGUCAAGGAAAAUUUGUUAAGAUCAUAUUCUUUUUGCUGUCAAUUAACUCAAAAGUUUCCUCUAG